GCGUCGGGCUUGACGUCAGAGCGGCAGGAGGGAGCGGCUCUGGUCGAGAGACGUUCAGGGACCGCGGGAGAGAGAGCGACGCGCAGCACAGCGGACGGGUGGAUGACUACAGGCAGUCAGGAUGCGUGAAUACAAACUGGUUGUUUUAGGAUCAGGAGGCGUCGGGAAGUCAGCGCUGACGGUCCAGUUUGUUCAGGGAAUCUUUGUGGAGAAAUACGACCCGACGAUAGAAGACUCCUACAGGAAGCAAGUGGAGGUGGACGGACAGCAGUGCAUGCUGGAGAUCCUGGACACGGCUGGAACAGAGCAGUUCACGGCGAUGAGGGACCUGUACAUGAAGAACGGCCAGGGCUUCGCUCUGGUUUACUCCAUCACGGCUCAGUCCACCUUCAACGACCUGCAGGACCUGAGAGAGCAGAUCCUCAGAGUGAAGGACACCGAGGACGUUCCCAUGAUCCUGGUGGGGAACAAAUGUGACCUGGAGGUGGAGCGGGUGGUGGCCAAGGAGUCGGGCAUCGGCCUCGCCCGUCAGUGGAACUCCUGCGCCUUCCUGGAGACCUCGGCCAAGAGCAAGAUAAACGUCAACGAGAUCUUCUACGACCUCGUGCGGCAGAUCAACAGGAAGACUCCAGUUCCGGGAAAUAUUCGUAAAAAGACCAACUGCCAGCUUCUCUAAUGACACUUCUGACUCGACCGACAACCUUCAAACCAACCAAUCACAGAACAUCUUCCAGCUGGCCACGCCCCUUUAACACGACCACCGCAUCGUCAAAAUCCGCCACGGCAAAUAAAAAGAAUAAAAAAAAUAAAAAACACCAAACAUCAGAUGAUGAUGAUGAUGAUGGAGGAGGAGGGCGGCCUGUCCAAACAACUGCCCAGAUUAAAACUUCAGUUCCCAUCAUGCUCUCUGCUGAGGCGCUCUGAGCUGGGGGAGCUGCCUCACGCCUUUUUGAUUUUAAACUUUUCCUUUCUUUUUUUUUUUUUUUUCUUCAUUUCUUUUUCUUUUCCUUAGUUUUUUUCCGGCGUUCUGAAUCCAAUCGCAUGCAGCUUGCCACGGUGACGGCUGUCUGUGUGCACCGCUCUGGUUGAGCCUGUGGAUCCUCUACAGUGACUAUUAUUAUUAUAUUAUUAUUAUUAUUGCAGUGCUUAUUAUAAUUCUGUGUAAAAAAAAAAAAAAUUUAAAGUCAGUUGAUGUUUUUAGUUAACAUUUUUUGGGUGGGCGGGGCUAACGGCGCACAGCGGGUCAUGGAGUCAGCUCACUGUGUUGCUAAAAAGGACCAAGGUGGCGGAAA